AAUAACGUCCCCAUUUGUGUCACAGCCCAACUCACUCAAAAGUGUCCUUAUAUAUACACACACAUUAUGCACAUAUGUAUAUUCAUAUAGACAUGCAUAUAUACAAACAGUGAAGAUUGAAGGAGAAAUUUAUAUAUGAGAGCUGCAGCAGCUACUCAAUUCUUGUUGAAUUUGAAUCCAAACCUGAAAAAGACGAACGUGAUUCAUUGUUAUACGAUGUCUGCAUCAAAUCAAGAUUCAUUUUUUGAGCAGCCAAGAUUGGUUACCAAGAAAAUCUUGGCAAAACCUCAAAGUGAAGGUGUUGGUGCUGUAGUUAGAAGAAGCAUUGGAAGGCCCGAAGUGAAGUACUUCGAUCCUUUCCUCAUGUUGGACGAGUUUACAGUAUCACCUCCGGCCGGAUUUCCUGACCAUCCCCAUCGAGGUUUUGAGACUGUUACAUACAUGUUGCAGGGAGCCUUAACUCAUCAAGAUUUUGCUGGUCACGAAGGUACAAUCCGCACUGGUGAUGUCCAGUGGAUGACUGCAGGGAAGGGUAUUAUUCACUCGGAAAUGCCGGCUGGAGAAGGUACUCAAAGAGGUUUGCAAUUGUGGAUAAAUCUCUCUUCCGAGAACAAAAUGAUUGAACCAAGGUAUCAAGAACUGCCGGAUGAGGACAUUCCCAGGGCAGAGAAAGAUGGGGUCGAGGUUAAAGUCAUUGCAGGGGAAGCUAUGGGGAUUCAUUCUCCGGUUUAUACUCGAACACCUACUCUGUACCUUGAUUCCAGUCUAAAACCCCACACUCAGUUCCAUCAAAAUAUCCCAGAAUCAUGGAAUGCUUUCGUGUACAUAAUUGAAGGUGAAGGGGUGUUCGGCUGCCACAACUCACCAGCCACGACAGCUCACCAUCUACUGAUUUUGGGUCCGGGAGAUGGCCUAAGUGUAUGGAACAUGUCUUCUUCAAAGCUAUUGAGAUUUAUUUUGGUAGGUGGGCAGCCACUCAACGAACCGGUAGUUCAGCACGGUCCAUUUGUGAUGAACACUCAAGUCGAAAUUGAUAAGACUGUUGAAGACUAUUUUUAUUGCAAGAAUGGGUUUGAGAUGGCAAGAUUUUGGAGAUCUCAAUGAGCGUGCUGAAGCACCAACGGCAUCAAAGAAAAAUUCCAACCUUCCAACAACAAAGUCU